CUGUGCAGAGAUGUGUGGCCGGGAGGCAAAGGUCGCUUGCUGAAGGACACGUCCACGGUCGCGACACUUCCCCGCCAUCGUUUAGUGCCCCAAAGCCACGACGAUUUGUGCGAAUGGUUGUGCGUAGACCCCUGUGACGGUGAGGUUGACAGGAUUUGUCGAGGACAUAUCCGUGGGGAUGAUUGGAACGUGGAACGGGUGAGUGCUGUGCUACUGUGCCGCCGCGGUCACGUCGUGACCAUGUUUCCCAGCACGCCUCAGGGAGCGCCGAAGGCUCUCCAGACCAUUACUCUCGCCGGGGGACGGUGCGAUGCAGUGUUCGAGCCUCAGGUAGAGGCUCUCGCCAACAUUCGCGAGUUCGUCUUGAAACUGCUAUCGCGGUCGGACUGCAACACGUUCUGCGGUGAUGGCAAAAUUCGCCUCAAGCGUCGGGUGUUCGAGCGGGUGAGUGUGCGUCCUACAGACGACGCGGGUACAGCGCUGGUGAUACCUAAGGCAGAGGACCCCGCGGGUCGAGCCAACAAGAUCGCGCACUUAUGGGCGGUACGCCACCGCAUCGAGGCGGGCGUACAACGCGAGGACGGCAAAAUCCAGCGCGAGAACCCGCGUGUCAUUCGUCCUGGAGAUUUCGUCGACGUUGCUGUUACAGUGCAAGCAAUUCCUAUGCGCAUCAACAAGACGCGGUGGGUCGUAGAGGUUUAUUUCGUUCCUCAGACGAUCAUCCGGUUGAUUCCCUCGGAAGCCUCUAUCGUACGUGCAUUCUAUUCCUCUGCAGACAUGCGACCCAUAACAUCCUUCAGCCGUUUCUACAAGAGAUACAAGACGCCGAUCGUAUCGAGGACGCUUCAGAGGUCCAGGUUCCCCUCAAGCGCGACGUCGGGUUCUCCUUCGACGUUGAUCAGGAGGCUAUGGCGGAGUAGGUAUGAGAAGGUCUCACCUCGUGUAGGCAGAACUACUGUAGCCAAAAUGUGUUCUCGUGGCUGGGUAAUAUCACCGUGUCCUGUACACGCAGCGUCGCAUGCUUGGCCCCCUUCCCACCACAGUAAGGUCUCUAGCUGGAGGUAA